AUGCCACAUCAAACGAUAAAGUGUUCAAUUCUUCACGUCGCUCUCACCGGAAAACGAGGACAGGGUGUAAUAAUUUGUGGCGAAGGGAAACCUAGCUGUCUGAAUUGUAUCAAACAUUCAAUACCAUGUGAUUACUCACGGGCAAAUGCAGCAGCUUCAGCCAAGAACACACCAAAUUCCUCUCUUGGAUCUCCAGCUUCAGCUACUGUUCCAAUUGCCGAGGGUCAAGAUCCGCAUCUAAAUCUUAUGGAUCUGGAGGUCUUUAACAACUUCUGUACAUCGACCUGCUUCUCACUUAAUUCCAAUCCAGAGGUGAGGGAACUAUGGCGGACCACGGUUGUCAAGAUUGCUUUUCAGCACGAAUUCGUUAUGCGUGCCCUUCUCGCUCUGUCUGCUCUUCAUAUGGCUCGCAACGCGCCUGGACCGAGUCAGCAACUUUAUGAGUAUUCUAUGCAACAGCAUCAAGCGGCCCUCCGCCAAGGCACUGCGUUAAUUCCAAAUAUUACCGUUGAGAAUUGUGCGGCUCUCCACAUUUUCUCAGUAGUCACCGGGAUGCAUACAUUAGGCCGGCCUCGCAGCGUUGACGAGUUUGUAAUCGUUGGUGAAAAUGGGAUCACUACAUGGCUCAUACUAUUCCAAGGAGUGACGUCAAUUAUCGAACAAUUCAGAGACACACUUAUAACUGGGCCUUUGGCCUUACUAUUCGCCGCCCGGAAUGAGAGAGUCAUAUUGCGUCAAACAUAUACCGAAGAUGACAGAGAACAUUUGGGGCAUCUCAGAAGUGCAAUCGAGACUACGGUACUCGAUGAGCACGAAGUACAGAUAUAUACAGAUGCCAUUCACGACCUGGAACUCUCAUACAAAUUCAUGUACAAGUGUCCAGCCGAGAAAUACGAAACUAGUGACAUUUUUAUCUGGCUAUUUCGACUAUCUGACGAUUACUUGGCUCGUCUAAAGGCGGGCACCCAAGAAGCAUUAGCGAUUCUUGCCUAUUCAUCUGUGUGUUUCAAAAAGUUGGAGAAUCUUUGGUGGAUAGAAGGAUGGAGCAAUCAUUUGAUGGCCAAUAUCUAUAGCUUUUUGGACGAAGAACACAAACAAUGGGUUCAGAUUCCUAUAAACGAGAUUGGUUGGGCUCCGUAUCAAUAA